AUGCCACCUCAUCUUCAUCCCCGCUCGAAAUUUACCUCCUCCCUCUUCGCAGGCACCCUCUUUGCUAGUUUCUUCGUAGUAGCGCUUCCGCAUGUUCUUCCAUGUCCAGCACCGCGCGUGGUAUAUGCGGAUGACGGGUCGGGGUCACAGAGGCCGAGGAGGAGAAGGCGGAAAUGUCCUGUUGAUGAGGUGGGGGAGCAGGGUCAAGGACAAGCACAGGAUCAGAGGGUAUUGAAGGUUCAGCGAGGAGAAAGGGAGGGAGUAAGUGGAUAUAAGGAUUUCAAUGAGAAGGUACGGGAGGAAAUGGGUGGUAGUGGGGAAUCAGAUGAUGGGGAGGAAAUAGAAGGGAGGAGGAAAGCAAAGCGCGAGUGCCCGGUGCCGAAACCUGGGGGUGUUCUGGGGGGUAUCUUGGGGUUCAAGUCGAGUGUUGAUGAGAAAGGCUCCAAACCACCGUAG